CAGAGCAGCAGGAGAAAUUUUUAGGUUUUAUUUUGCAAGGUGUUUGUUUCCUUCGCUCCUUCCUUACCUAUAAACAUAUAUUAUUUGUAACUGUUCUACAUCUUUCUGGAGAUGGGUCACAUCAGAAAAUGUUACUUUGUAGCCAGAACAGACAACCAGCAUCUAAAAGAAGUUUGUCAGGAAAUCGUAGCUAAUAAGGGCAUCGAAAGGACAAGAAGCAGGUAGAUUUUAGAGAGAACUUCCUUCUGCUUUUGAAGAGCUAAGCUGAAAAUUUUGUUCUCUAAAAUUACAACAAUCCGUGUUUAUCCGUUUACUCAAAAAGUCUGUGAUCAUCCAGGUGAGGAGAGGAACAGUUAGUGGUGUCAACUGUAUCGCUCGAAAUUGCAAUUUUUGCUUCAGGAAUUGGAUGCAUUUGGAAAAAGGCAGAGCCAUCUAGAGGAAUACCCCAGCUAUUACGAGGCAGUGUGAAAGGUGGUUUCCCUCAAAGGCAUGCUAUGUUGCCUUUGAGUUUUCUUCAGCUGAUUUCUCUACCUCCAACAAAGGAAAUGGGUGAGAAAAUAAUGCUGAAUUAGCUCUAAUAAAAAUGCGUGUCCUCAGAAAACUCCAGCUCGCUUUACCAAACAGUGCGAAACGUGAAACAAAAAUAGCUUUAUAAAGGUUAUUACGUAGCCAGGAUAGCACGGAUAUGCAAACCAAGACUUAAUUUAAAGAGUGGAAAAAAUAAAGCUUUGAUGGUGAGAUGGCUUUAGAAAUGUUUAAUUUUCUUAAAGCGUUUAUCCUGCAAAUGGUAUUCAGUAUUGCCUGAAUACAUUGUGAGCUCUUGGUACAAACCUGUUGCUUUUCCCUUUUGCCAAGACAUGUGAAGAGAAACACUGAGAAAUCCAGCACUCUGCCUUUGUACUUGCUAAACUGUACUCUUUUCCAGAGAGGUCUGGGAGAUGUUUGCCUUUGAGAAAUGCAGGAAGCAGCCAGCAAGCAAGGUGCUGAAGCCCAAAAAUGAAAUCGGCUUCAAGUCUUCCAGGCCCUGAUUUUACUCCCUCUGUAACUGAUGGGAGUCAAGGUGGAAGGACUGUCCCCUCUUUACCGUGCUGCUUUACAGAAUGCCCAGAUUUUAAAAGUCAUCAAAGGCUCUUAGGAAGGAUAAGGAGACAUCUGGAUGGGACAGUUCAGGUGUAGAAGCCACCCUCCAAAGCCGAGAAGAGAUCCCUGCCUGUCUUAUUUCGGCAGUUUGUUUCACACCUCUCCAUGCAGUGAGGUUCAGCAUGGUGGAUGCGAUGAGGAAAAUAGCCUUGUCGAAGGCACCUGUGUCACUGGACAUGUACAGGAGUUUGUAUAUGACAGACUACAGAUGGCACAAGGAGUACCAGCCGCCCACCGAGGAGUACUUGCAGAAGCUAAAGUCUGCAGAUUCCCAGCUAAAAGCCAAGGAGUUUGCAGUACCUCAAGAGCAGCGGUUGAUGAACUACUGGGACAAUGUGGUCGGAGAGGGAAGAGAGGUCAUCCCAGGACCGUGCAGUAAAGUGAACAGGCUUUCUGAUGACAUGCCAGAGAAGAAGCAGAAAGAAAGCUAUCUACCAAAAUCCUACCCUGCAACUGAAGCAACAGCAACCCAGGAGGAGAAGCUGGAGAGGCCACAGGCUCUUACUAAGCUAGAAAAUGAGCUUUCCUGUUCCCAUUGUCUUCCAGCUGCUGUUCAGACUCCUGGAACAGAAGGGAUGUUGCUGCACAAGCAGGAGCUGGAUCGGGGCUGGGCUGCCUACCAGCAAUUCAUCUUGGAGACAUGUCGGGCAAGGCAAUUUAAAGCUCAAGAAAACAAGAGCAUGGUCUUGGGCUCAUCUGUUUUGGGGGAAGAAUGUUUUGACCUUGACUGCAGAACUACCUACAACACAGAUUUCCAGCCCUUGCCUGGAGCCCAUGGUGGACACUGUAAAGCAAAUAGGACUCUCUCUCACAUUUUUGCUGAAGAUGAGUGCUUUAACCAGAACUACUGGGUAUCAGAGUACGAGGACAGCUACAGUGUUUUCUUACGGAGGCUGAACCGGUCAUCUCAAAUCCCCACUGCAGGGCUGUGUUCAGCCGUAAAGCCCAUCUCACAUCUACCCCACAGGCUGUCCUCUCAGAAAGCGAUUGCUGUGGACACAGCCCAGUGAGAGGUGCUACAGCUGUCCAUGGAUGUGUUACCUACACUAUUCUGUGAUUACAGCUCUGUGGCUCUCCAAGUUGUCUGUGUGAUAUUGUCUGUGGGAGACCCUGGAAGCCUGGAAGCACUUUAUCUUCCCAACCUACCAUUGUGGCUAUAGAGUAUUUGUGAAGUGCUUAGCAGAGACCCCUUUACACACAUAUUUUCAUUAAAUCCCCCAAGAACUCUGGCUCUUAUCAGUGUCAGGAAAACACUCUUGUGCAGGGCAAUCCUUGGAGCUAAAAUCACUCAGGCAGUUUCAAUUCAUGUACUCUAAAUAAAACUUGCCAAUAAACUUCA